GGAAGUUGCUACAGAGUGACAGGUGUGUCCUCCUCAGUGAUUGGUUCAGAGGUGAUGAUGUCAUCAGUGAAGGUGGAAUGCGUGGUGAAGGAGAGUGCUCUGAUUGGUGAAGGGCCGGUGUGGGAGGAGUCAGAGCAGACGCUCCUAUUCGUCGACAUCGUUGGGAGGAAAAUCCACCGCUGGAGUCCAACGACCAAUCAGAUCCAGUCUGUGGAAACAAGUCACAUGGUGGGCUUUGCGGUUCCUCGGAGGUCAGGUGGUUACGUUGCAGGUGUGGGCCGCAGCAUUGUGGCUGUUGAUUGGUCGACUCAGACGAUGACAUCAUUGGCGGAAGUGGACGAAGACAAACCGAACAAUCGUCUGAACGACGGGAAGGUGGAUCCUCUGGGACGCCUGCUGGCAGGGACGAUGUCGAUGAUGGAGGGUUCGGCGGAGUUUGAGAAACAGCAGGGGUCACUGUUCUCCCUGACCUCUGACCUCACUCUCACCAAACACCUGAGCCAGGUGGACAUCUCUAACGGGAUGGACUGGUCUUUGGAUCAGAAGACGUUUUUCUACAUUGACAGUUUGUCUCUGAGUGUCGACGCGUUUGAUUACGACUCCACCACCGGACAGCUGGGUAACCGCCGUGUGGUGUACCGCCUGCAGGAGGGGGAGGGGCUUCCUGACGGGAUGACAGCUGAUGCUGACGGUCGUCUGUGGGUGGCGUGUUACAACGGAGGCCGGGUUCUCCACAUAGACCCCACUACUGGUGUGCGGCUGCAGACCGUCCCCCUCCCGGUGAUGAAGACCACCUCGUGCUGCUUCGGAGGUCCAGAUUACUCCGACCUCUACGUGACCUCGGCCCGUCUGGGUCUCAGCGAGGAAGAACAGAGACAGCAGCCUUCAGCCGGAGCCACGUUCAGGGUGACUGGUCUCGGGGUCAAAGGUCGUCCUUCCAACUCAUUCUCUGGAUGAUCGUCAGGACCCGAACAGCCAAUCACAGAACAGAUUGAUUAAUGUUAACAGUUAAUCUCUCAGCUGCUAGUGAUGAAUAAUUAUAUAAUAUAUAUAUAUAUAUAUAUAUAUAUAUAUAUAUAUUAUAUAACCUUAUUAAUAAAUUAAUAAGGUUUAUUAAUAAAGGGUUAAUAAGGUUUUAGCUCUUUAAUGAACGCUGAUUUGCAUAAUGAAACAAACCUGUAUCAGAAAGAAAUGAUGACAGCCAAUCAGAAACAAGGAAACUGUAACCUGCAGCCAAUCAAAUGAUCCAUAUUCUGACAUGUGACUUUGUAUAAUUAAUGAAAAUAAAAUAAAACUUGA